CAAACACCUGAAGAAGAAACAAUGUCGGGCGCUCCAGAUCCAGGGCGUGAAGGAGAAGACGGCUCAGAACAAGGCUACACUAGGCCUCCUGCGCAACAACCUCCGUCGAGGGGCCCAGGAGUGGGCUUUGGCUAAGAAGGUGCAAAAGCCCCACCCCCAUCGCAGUCUGGGGAUAAGAGGUGGCGGUUCACUUGGGGUUCACUUAACACGUGCAUACACCCUACCCCUUUCUCUGGCCCAGAAGGCCUGCAGGGAUAGGUACUUUUGUGACUGGUGUCCAGGGCAGGUUUCCCAAUACCCACCCGGAGUGCUUAGUACCUGCAGGUAUUCCAUAGUACCACGGGACUCCUUGGGCUCUCUGACCUCCUUUCCGGACCCCAUAACAUUGGAGCAGGGAUGGCCAUGGAGGGGUCCUGUGUGCUCUGCUCAGGGGUCUCAGGACCAACGGUCUCCUUGCUGGAUUAGCGGCGAGUAAGAGGCACAGUGGGAUAUGUCUGAGUACAUCAGUGCCCAGGGGGAUGCAAAAGGGCCAGGCUUCUGGCUCAGCCACCGCCGCUCCACAGUAUGAUCAGCGGACCAUCUCCAAGGCCUGUGGGAAGGACGUGUCUAUGAGGCUGGCACACCACCGUUGUUCUAUGGAGGUGGCUCGGGAGAAGCUGCGCAAGUACGUCUUCGACCGUGUGAAUGCACACAACGUACUGGUCCAUCUGGCUCGGCGACGGGGACAGAAGCUGGAGAGCUUGCAGCUGGAGCUGGCCAGUCUGCGGAACCAGCCUGAUGCCACUAAAGACGAGCUAAAGCUGCUGCAGAUUAUCCGCCAGCUGGAGAACAAUAUUGAAAAGACCACGCUCAAGAUCACCACCAGCCGGAACAUCCACAUGCUGUACACAGACCUGCUGGACUACCUUAAGAAGGUGCUGGCAGGCUACCCCACGGAGCUAGACAAGCUUCAGAACCUGGUAACCAACUACUGCUCAGAGCUGUCAGAUAUGACCAUCAUGUCCCAAGAUGCCAUGAUGAUUACUGAUGAGGUCAAGAGGAACAUGAGGCAAGGAGAGGCGACCUUCAUUGAGGAGAGAAGGGCACGGGAAAACCGGCUGAACCAGCAAAAGAAGCUUAUUGACAAGAUCCACACCAAGGAAACCAGCGAGAAGUACCGCCGUGGCCGAAGGGACUUGGAUUUCCCCUCCAACCUGAUGAGUAUGGACACCAUGAAGGUGAGGAAAAGAGAAACUUCCAUAGCAGAUAUGGAAUACCAGACAGAAGUGACCACUUUGGUAGAGAGGGUCAAGUCUGCUGUACAGUGCUCUCACCUCUGGGACAUAGCGGGCCGCUUCCUGGCUCAGAAGAACACAGAGGAGAACCUGGAGCUGCAAAUGGAGGACUGUGAGGAGCGGCGGAUGCAGUUGGAAGCCCUGAUGAAGAAGCUGGAACUGGAAGAGGCACUGCUCAAAUUCCACCAGACACCCAGCUCUGUUGGCUUUAAUUCAAUUGAAAAAAAGAUGACGAAUAUGCUAGAAGAGGAAGAAGCAAGGCUCCAGCAGGCCUACAGCAACAUGACCAAGAGCCAGCAGCUGCUGCUGGCCAUCCAGACAGGUAUUGACAACCUCUACAUCCGGCUCAUCGGCAUCACCUUGCCAGCCACCCAGAAAGAAGUAGCAAUAUCGGACACCCUUGAUGUGUAUGGCAAGCUGGAAUAUUGCGAGGGGAAGCUCAUAUACCUGGCUGAACGCGUGCAAAUGCUGACCAGAGAUGAGGAGGUUGACACAAAGGUGAGGGAUGCCCUGGAAUCAUCCACUCUAAAGGAGAAGCAUAAUACCAGGAUUACCUUUGAGGACCAAGAGGAGGACAUGAUAGAAACCUUCCAGUUUGCCGACGUGGACCAUAGCUACGUCCCUUCGCGGGCCGAGAUAAAGAAACAGGGCCAGCGGUUGAUUGAGGGGAAGCUCAAGAUGUCCAAAAAGAAGAAAAAGUAGCCCUGUCCGGGUUUUAGUGCACAAAUAAACAUUUUUCCAUAACUACUCUAGAAAAA